GUUAAAACCACAUCCUCAAACCAACUCUACCUUUGUUAUCUAUCUUCUUCAAUCUUUUAACCAAUAUCAACAAUUAUGUUAAAGCAUCUUCAAGAGCCCUUAACCACUUACCCAAAACCGGUUUUAACCAAAGAAGAGCAAGAAAUCGAGGAGAAAAUGGUGAGCUUGCAAGCGGAGAGUAUCGUCAACUCUGUGGCUUUCCCCAUGGUUCUCAAAGCCGCCUUGGAGCUUGGAGUCAUUGAUACGAUCGCUGCUACUGGCAACGGCACGUGGCUCUCACCGUCUGAGAUAGCGGUUAGUCUCCCAACCAAACCCACUAAUCCGGAGGCGCCGGUAUUGCUGGACCGGAUGCUGCGAUUACUUGUCAGCCACUCGAUCUUGAAGUGCCGUAUGGUUGAAACUAGAGAAAAUGGUCAAACCGGAAAGAUCGAGAGGGUAUAUGCAGCUGAACCGAUUUGCAAGUUUUUCUUGAAAGAUAGUGACGGCUCUGGUUCUCUCUCGUCUUUGUUAUUGUUGCUCCAUAGCCAAGUCAUUCUCAAAACUUGGGCAAAUCUCAAGGAUGUGAUAUUAGAAGGAAAAGAUGCAUUCAGCUCUGCCCACGACAUGAGACUUUUCGAAUACAUUAGUUCGGAUGAACAGUUCGCUGAGUUGUUUCACCGCGCAAUGUCGGAAUCUUCCACAAUGGUUAUGAAGAAAGUUCUAGAAGUAUACAGAGGAUUUGAAGAUGUUAACACUUUGGUGGAUGUUGGAGGAGGAAUUGGAACCAUAUUAGGUCUAGUCACUUCCAAGUAUCCUCAUAUCAAAGGUGUUAAUUUCGACUUAGCUCAGGUCUUAACUCAUGCUCCUUUUUGUCCAGGAGUCAAGCAUGUCUCCGGAGACAUGUUUAUUGAAGUUCCAAAGGGAGAUGCUAUCUUUAUGAAAUGGAUACUACAUGAUUGGGGGGAUGAGCAUUGUAUAAAGAUUCUGAAAAAUUGUUGGAAAAGUCUACCUGAAAAAGGAAAAGUGAUCAUUGUAGAGAUGAUUACACCAAUGGAACCAAAGCCUAAUGACUUUUCAUGUAACACUGUAUUGGGCAUGGACUUGUUGAUGUUAACACAAUGCUCGGGUGGUAAAGAGCGAUCUCUUUCGCAGUUCGAGAAUUUAGCGUUUGCGUCGGGCUUUGAUCUAUGUGAAACCUUAUGUCUUGCUUAUUCAUAUUCUGUUAUCGAAUUCCACAAAUAAGAUUUGAAACAUACAAAACCAAAACAAUGAUUGGUUUUGAUGCAUGUCAAAUUACAGGCUAAGUUUUCUUUGUCAAUAUUGUGGUGAUUGUUUAGUGUAUUAUUAAGAGAUUGUAAUAAUAAUUGUGAUAAGUAUGAAAGUGUGUUUGUAAUUGAAACAUUGCGUCUUAUGCUAAUUCUUCUGUUUUCAUUGUCCGACAACAAAUUCUAUAAUGUUUU